AUGAAACCUGAUGACAAAAAAGAGACAGAUGCAAAAUUCGGGUCCAUGGCCAAGCUUCUAGCCCGAGCGGAGGAUGCAGAAAAACAGGAGGCCAUUUCCCGCCAACGUGGCGAGACACUUUUCGUUGGUGGGGGUCAGGCUGUUCACGGUCGCAAUUCCACUGAUUUGCAUGGAAACCCACUUUCAAUGGUCUCCUCGUUGAUCCAGCGGAUAUUUUCGUCAGAUCAUCGUGUCGCAUCGCCAGUGCCGUCCACAAGCCCGCAACCGCGACUCGUGCUUUGGCGCGACGGCUGGCAGCUGCUCGUCUCGUCCGCACUGGAUGACGAAUUGCGUUCAUACGAAGAUCCGCUGCUCGAGCGUAUUAUGGAGGGUAAGGCGCCGUCUUCGAUUCUUGGGAUUUCUCACGGGGGUGAGAUCGACAUCCACAUAGACACCAGCCGCAUCAACGAUGCAUACGAGCCAGGCAGCCCUCCAGGCUCCUUUAUAUCUCUGCCGGACCAUCCAGAGAGCUCUGCUUGCAUCCAAGCCAGCGGUGUAAAGCUCGGAAGCCUUCGCCCGCCCACGGACCUGCCAAUAGACUUAACAACUGCUCCCGCCUCCGCCGAACCCACAGUCACGCCUAUUGGUAGGGGCGAUGGUUCCCUUGUUGUAAUAGAUGUGCUCGGGACGAGACAUGCUAUUCCCUAUGAUGUCACAUCAGCUACCAUUGGCGACCUUCUUGCAUAUGUACGUCAGGAAUUCGCCAUUUCCGACCUCGCGCACCGUGGCGUUUCUGGUCUUUUAUCUCUUUCUGCCAUGGAACACUCGAAGACAAUUGAUGCAGCAGGACUUUCUCGCACCAUUCUCGUUGCUCUCUGA